AUGGACUGGUUAUCUUCCAAUCAUGUCCUUUUGAAUUGUGCUGAUAAAUCUAUUGUUUUUGGCAAGCCUAUUGAAAAGGUGAGUAAGGACUAUUUGACUGCCAACCAAGUUAAGGUAUCUUUGCAAGAGGAUGCCCAAGUGUACAUGUUGUUAGCUUCUUUAAAUUCUGAGAGUAAUGUUUUGGUGAAUGAAUUUCCUGUUGUGCGUGACUUUUCAGAUGUCUUCUCUGAUGAUAUGUCUAGCUUACCACCUACAAGAGAAGUACAGUUUUCCAUAGACUUAGUACCAGGAACAAGAUCUAUUUCUAUUGCACCUUAUAGGAUGUCACCCGUAGAGUUAGUGGAGCAUAAGAAACAAAUAGAAGACUUGUUGGAGAAGGGGUUUGUGAGGUUAAGGAGAACCUGA